CAAGCUCGUCUGCAAGCCCCCUGCUGGUAGCUGAGUCGUGAGUGGUCCACGGGGGCUGUUCAGCAGCUCCACACUGACGAUUUCGAGGAUCCAGCCAAUGGAACCUGCCGGUGAAGACCGGAGCUAAUCCAACUUGGGCGUCAUACAUCAACGCCAAUGUACAUCUCGAACGACAUGUCUUCGUGGGGACUGGGAGAAAGCGGGAAGUCGAUGGUGAACAAAAUCCCUUCAUGGCCCAAUGGUGUCUGGAAGCGGAUGUGGCGGCUUGCUAAAGGGUUAGUGGUGUCCGGGGCUGCAUGUGCACCGCCGGCACUUGGUGUACAAUAUCUCGGCGGGGAUCCCUAUUUCAGUGAAAUUUGUGUGAUGAUGUAGGACGUGCUGGGAAAGGUCUGAACAUGAGGUGCUUCCUCGGUCAACUGUUUGAGAUGGUGAGGGAAAUUGAAGCCUAUGGUGAGGGAACUUUGGCUCCGGCAUGCGUGGGGGGUGCCAUAUCCCGAAACUGUUAAUUGAAGUCUUCUGAGGUCGAUGAUGAUUCGGAGAAGAGGCUCCUCUUGGAUAGCACCCCCGAGAGAUCUAAAGUUAAAUUCAGCUAGGGCCUAUGGGCAACGCUUUAAUUGUCCGGUAGCUGAUAGACUUUGUGAUAAGGUAGCGACCUAAGCAUGCACAGCUGAAAACGGAUAGCCUCGACGAACCAAGCGGCGCGUAACCUGCCCGCGGCGCAUGUACAGGAAAGGGGCAAACCGUUCCAGAGAGCGUCUUCUGGAUGGGGAUUGGGAAUUCCUGGAAGUCUGGAAAUUGAAUGAGACAUCAGUCAUGGCGAUGAUGGAAUGAGGGGCAGUCGGCAGCCUGGCAGCAGUCGGUGGUUUCUUGUCCUUACGCAGUCGACCCUCGGAACUCCACGUGCUUGGCAGUGAUCAGCAUGAACCCUGCACGGCUAGCCCUGUGCCCAAUCGAAGAUCUAGAUUGCCCGCAACCAGCCAUCAUCAACCCCACCCCGGUCUUGACUUGUCCACCUGCUCGCCUCACCGGGCUUUGCUGUGUUGUGCUGUGGUUGUCAGCACGUUGGCCAGACUCUUUUUCUCACUCGAGUAGCUCAAAGCUCUCUCUCCUCUCCUCGCCGCUCAAUCAACGUUUCCCCUCGUCCCAACUGCGCUUGCUAAACGACGCUUUCCGUAAUUCCUCUGUUCCUUGUCCGUCCCCCGAAUCCGAAUCCCGAGCUGCAGUCCACAGAUACACACCGACGCCGCGUCCUUUGCCGCUCGACCAAGGCCUGUUGGCCGCCCGCCGAUAA